UCAAUGGCAGCCCACCCACUCGCUAAGUCCCAUCUAUAAAUAUGGGCCCGAAUUCGCUCCCUACGACUUGCAAGCAAAUCGCACAGCAAUCUUUGGCUGUUGGCUUCUGCUCUCCCUCCCUAUCUCUCUCUCCUAAGAUUUUGGAAAUGGAGACCUUCCUGUUCACCUCCGAGUCCGUGAACGAGGGCCAUCCCGACAAGCUCUGCGACCAGAUCUCCGACGCCGUCCUCGACGCCUGCCUGGAGCAGGAUCCCGACAGCAAGGUCGCCUGCGAAACUUGCACCAAGACGAACAUGGUGAUGGUCUUCGGCGAGAUCACAACCAAAGCCAAUGUCGACUACGAGAAGAUCGUGCGCGACACGUGCCGCAAGAUCGGAUUCAUCUCCGAUGACGUCGGCCUCGACGCCGACAAAUGCAAGGUCCUUGUAAACAUCGAGCAGCAGAGCCCCGAUAUUGCUCAGGGCGUCCACGGACACCUCUCGAAACGCCCCGAAGAAAUCGGAGCCGGCGAUCAAGGCCACAUGUUCGGCUACGCCACCGACGAGACCCCCGAGUACAUGCCUCUCAGCCACGUCCUCGCCACCAAGCUUGGCGCGCGUCUCACCGAAGUCCGCAAGAACGGUGCGUGCCCAUGGCUGAGGCCUGACGGGAAGACCCAAGUCACCGUCGAGUAUCACAACGACAACGGCGCGAUGGUCCCAAUCAGAGUCCACACCGUCCUCAUCUCGACCCAGCACGACGAGACCGUCACCAACGACGAGAUCGCGCGGGACCUCAAGGAGCACGUCAUCAACCCCGUCAUCCCCGAGAAGUACCUCGACGAGAAAACGAUCUUCCACCUCAACCCCUCCGGCCGGUUCGUGAUCGGCGGACCGCACGGCGACGCUGGCCUCACCGGCCGGAAAAUCAUCAUCGACACCUACGGCGGAUGGGGGGCUCACGGCGGUGGCGCCUUCUCGGGAAAGGACCCGACAAAGGUCGAUCGUAGCGGCGCGUAUAUCGUCAGGCAGGCUGCUAAGAGCAUCGUCGCCAACGGGCUUGCCCGCCGGUGCAUAGUGCAGGUUUCUUACGCUAUCGGUGUGCCGGAACCGUUGUCGGUUUUUGUCGACACUUAUGGGACCGGGAAGAUUCCCGACAAAGAAAUUCUGAAGAUUGUGAAGGAGAGCUUCGACUUCCGGCCGGGGAUGAUAUCGAUCGACUUGGACUUGAGGAGGGGCGCCAACAACCGGUUCUUGAAGACUGCGGCUUAUGGUCACUUUGGGAGAGAUGACCCGGACUUCACGUGGGAGACUGUUAAGUCGCUGAAAUGGGAGAAGCCGCAGAACUAGUAAUCGUUGGUUCGUUUGUUCGGGCGCGAUUUGGUUGCUGUGUUGUGUUUGGGGUUCUUGUCGACGUUUAUGAUUCGUUUCUUUUCUUUACUAUUGCAUCGUUGUUUUCGGGCAUUGUAUUGUUAUGCGCACACUAUAGUCAAUAGGGUACGACAUAUAUACAUACAUACAUACAUACAUUUGGGCUCGGGUUCAGGUACGGAAGUAGUCCCGUCGGGGAUGGAUCGAUGCCGUAGCCAAGCCGGUUGCCGGUAUAUGUAUAUGUCUUGGUGAAGAUGGUGUAUUAAUGAAUGAAGUUAUUGUGUGCUGAUCU